ACCCUCGAUGCUACGCGUCCUUCUACAGGAUCUGCAAAAAAAGCUCUUUUUCAAACUGCGCGCACGUCCGGCGGCUAAAUGGCCCCUCCCAGCUCACGCCCCUUUCCUGGGGACUUCUCUGCGCCUGCGCUAGCCGCUCUGUCCUUCUCCUUCAGGGGGAAGUGGAAAAAAAGAUGGCGGCGCCGAUGUGAGCGAGAGGAGUGUAGAAGGUUUGAAUGAGAGUGAACUCCGCUUCCCUGGUACGCAGGGCUGCCGAUAAAUGCUGAAGAAUGUGGUGCCUUUACCAUAGAUUUCAUAAUUAUCCUUCAUGCUGGAAGAAAGAAUUAAUUGGAGUAUUGGGCCCAAUCAAAUGGCAGAAGCGACUACUCCGAAGAUGCAUCAGAUCUAUUUGUAGUGAAACAGGGAAGUGGGAAGAAAACUAUACAUUGGAGACUAGGGAAAAACUUGAAAGUUGGUGGCAUUCAAGAGUCAAGGACCACUUCAAUAAAUCAAUCGAAAUAGAUAAAUCAAAACCAAAGUUUUACGUCCUGUCAAUGUUUCCAUAUCCCUCUGGAAAACUUCACAUGGGCCAUGUUCGAGUCUACACCAUGAGUGACACGGUUGCACGGUUUCAGAAAAUGAGAGGCUUUCAGGUGAUAAAUCCAAUGGGAUGGGAUGCGUUUGGAUUGCCUGCUGAGAAUGCAGCAAUUGAGCAUAAAUUGCAUCCAGCAAACUGGACGAAAAGUAACAUUCAGCACAUGCGCAAUCAGCUUGAGGCAUUAAGCCUGUCUUUUAGCUGGGAUCGGGAAAUAACUACUUGUUCACCAGAAUACUAUAAGUGGACACAGUAUAUUUUUCUUAAACUUCAUGAAGCUGGAUUAGUGUACCAAAAUGAAGCAGUAGUUAAUUGGGACCCUGUGGACCAGACUGUCCUCGCUAAUGAACAAGUGGAUGAAAAUGGCUAUUCAUGGCGUUCAGGAGCAAAAGUGGAAAAGAAAUAUCUCAAGCAGUGGUUCAUUCGGUCAUCUGCCUAUGCAAAGGCCAUGACUGAUGGUUUGUCAGAUCUCCCCAAGUGGUAUGGAAUAAAAGAAAUGCAAGCCCAUUGGCUAGGCGAGUGCUGUGGGUGCUAUUUUGACUUUAUCUUAAAGAUUAAUAACAAGCCAACAGGAGAGAGAAUAGCAGCUUAUACAUAUACACCUGAAGCUGUAUAUGGCAUGUCCCAUUUAUAUAUCUUACCUAGCCACAGACUGCUGCAUGGAAAUAGUAGUUUGAAGGAAGACUUUCAGAAGGAGUUCAUUCCAGGCAAAGACUCUCUCAUUUCAGUGACAGCUAUCAAUUUGCUCACUCAUCAGGAGAUUCCUGUAGUUGUAUCAGCCAAAUUGGAAUUUGAAGGGUCUCUUGAGGCUAAAAUAGGAAUCCCUUGCACAAGAUCAGAUGAUGCUGAAGUAGCUAGGAAUUUGAACCUGCCAUUUGAAGAAGUCAUUGAAACAUUAUCAGAUGGCUCAGAGAGGUUGAUCAACUCUGGAGAGUUCACAGGCAUGAGCAGACAAAAGGCAUUAAAUGCAAUAACAGAACAAGCAAAAAGUAAAGGAAUUGGAGGACAUCUAACAAGUGAUAAGUUAAAAGACUGGCUGAUCUCGCGGCAGCGUUACUGGGGAACACCUAUUCCCAUUAUUCAUUGCCAGAAUUGCGGCCCUGUUCCUGUGCCCUAUGAGGACUUACCUGUGCAGCUUCCCAGUGUAACCUCCUUCACAAGAAAGGACGGCUCACCCUUAGCUUCCAUUUCACAUUGGGUAAAUUGCACUUGUCCAAGAUGCAAGGAACCUGCAAAAAGGGAAACAGACACCAUGGAUACCUUUGUUGAUUCGGCUUGGUAUUAUUUAAGGUACACUGAUCCUCAUAACUCUGAGAGGCCUUUUAACAAAGACUUGGCAGACUACUGGAUGCCUGUGGAUCUGUACAUUGGGGGAAAGGAGCAUGCAGUGUUGCAUCUAUAUUACGCCAGACUCUUCAGCCAUUUUUGCCAUGAUCAAAAGAUGACUAAGCACAGGGAGCCUUUUCAUAAGCUCUUAGUUCAAGGUCUUAUCAAGAGUCGUACCUUCAGGCUGGCAACAACUGGAAAAUAUUUGAAGAGAGACGAAGUCGAUCUUUCUGGUCCUGAACCUGUUCAUGCAAAAACCAAAGAGAAGCUGCAGGUGGUAUGGGAAAAAAUGAGCAAGUCCAAGCACAAUGGUGUAGAUCCUGAAGAAAUAGUCCAGAAGUAUGGAAUUGAUACAGUUCGACUCUACCUGCUGUUUGCUGCCUCUCCAGAAAAAGACAUCUUAUGGGAAGCAAAGACUGAUGCAAUCCCUGGGGUAGAAAGAUGGCAGUUUCGCCUCUGGCAGUUAGCAACCACAUUUAUUACAGCUAGGAAUUCUGGAACUCUGCCCAGUCCUCGGCAGCUGAAUCAGAAAGAGAAAGCCGAAGCCACCCGUAUCUGGAAGCUGAAGAACCAUACAGUCUCUGAGGUAACAGAAUGCCUCCUGAAGGAUUAUUUAUUUAAUGCUGCAAUUGCUUAUCUGAUGGGCCUCAGUAACAAGUUGUCA